GGAAAUUGUGUGAGCAGCUUCAGAAGCUAUUCCGUUCUACCGCUGAGCACACUAACUCCUCACGCUCCAUCCAACAAUGAAGACCGUUGCCAUCUUGUUCUGCCUGGUUGCUGGCGCCGCUGCGUUGCCGCAGGGCUUCUUCCCAGGUGGUUUAUUCAGUCAGAACGGUCAGGCGACCGGAAGUGCCGCCGGCAAUGUGGUGACCGGGGUCAGCGGUGGUCCCUUCCAGAACUCUCGGAUCACGCAAGUCAGCGCCACAGCCUCGGGCUCAGCCAGUGGCAACGCCGUAAGCUCCAACGUCGCCAGCGCCUCCAACGUCGCUUCUUCGGGGCUGUUCGGCAACCAGGAGUUCUCAAACACCAACGCCGUCUCCAACCAGCAGACGUUCGGUGGUGGACUUAGCGGAAGUUACCAGCGGCCGAUCGGUCAAUUCCGGCGGCAGUACCGCAGGCGGAACUUCUACUAGUCAUGAUCUAGCUUGGCCUAGUGUUCGGGAAGUCGCCAGGAUAUAUGUUACUCGCGUACAUAAUGUAUCGACAUUCGCAUAAUGACUAGAUGCAUGAU